AGGGCCUUUUUGGUGGAGCUGCUGAUGCGUCGUGCCUUGAUGCUGCGACUCAUGGGGAAUCUGGAAGCAGCAGGAAGCGACUUUUUGGAAGUCCUCGAGCUGGAACCAGAGGAUGGCCUAGCGCUCUUUUGGUACGGCAAGAUCCUCAUCGAACAGCAACGGCAUCAAGAGGCAGUGGUAUAUCUGAAAGCAUCCCUGGACUACCACGAGCCAACGCGAAUGGCGGCUCAUGCCAUUCUGGGAGCAUUGUUAAUGACGGCUUCUGAGCCGCAUUUCAUGCAAGCGCAACUUCAUCUGAAGGAGGCGGCGCAACUGGCACCUGCGUCUCAAGCAGUGCGAAUUACACUGUUGAUUUGCUCCGCGGCCGUGGCCUUGAGCGGCAAGAAUCGCGAUCGCAAGAAAGCACUGAGUUUGCUGGAUCGUGCUCUUGCCGCUUUGGAGGGCGAGCAACGAGAACCUG